UGGACAGUUCUUCACUAUGCAGCUUCCAGUGGGCUCAUAGAUAUCGUUCAUACACUCAUUGAGGUAGGAUGUGAUAUACAAGCUGCAACUUCGAGUGGAUAUAGUAUACCAUACGUGGCAUCUUUAUGUGGACAAUCCGAGGUUAUGAGAGACCGGCUGCAAACAGCCGGCCUAGCGAGUAUAAACCAAACAGAAGCCGAGGGGCGCGCGCCACUAUUCGGCCGGGCAAUGCGUGGAUGCAGUGGCAUAGUUGAGUUACUGAUAUUAAAAAAAAUUGAUGAUAACAAACGAGACCGGUACAAUACCCUGCCAUUAUUCGCUGCGGUACGAAACAAACAUUUGGAGGUUGUAAAGCAGCUGUUAGCGACAGAUCAAGUGGUACUUGACUAUGAAGAGUGUUUCAGGGAACAGUCGGACUUGGGCAUACAAAAGAAAGAAUCAUGA